AUGGAUCAGCUAGAAGAAAUAAUUUUAUGUUUUAAAUAUAGUGAAGAAUUUUUUAUAAAAAAUACCAAGACAAUAGAAUUUUUUCUAGAAAUUAAUAUCAUAAAAAAAGAAAUAAAUUGUGUGAGAUGUGAUAACAGAAUGUGUAUUAUGGUGGCUGCCACGUAUAUAGACGGGCAUGAAGAUCAAAGCCAAGCCCAAAGAAGGGGUGUUAAAUGGUCACCCUUAAUAUAG